AUGCCAAAAUACUCCAAAUUCAUGAGAAACUUCCUCACCCACAAAAGGAAGAUUGAAUCAAUUCAAAAAGUUAACCUAAGUGAAGAAUGCUCAGCGGUACUCCUUAACAAACUCCAUCGAAAGAAGAUUGAUACCGGAAGCUUCACAAUUCCUUGCUCCAUCAGAGGAUCGCCAAUAAGCAAUGCGCUUGCCGACCUAGAAGCUAGCAUUAACCUAAUAGCCACCACCAUGUUCAAACGACUCGGACUAAGGAAGCCACACCCUACAUGGAUGAGCAUCCAACUUGCGGACAGGUCGGUAAAGUACCCUCAAGGUGUCAUAGAGAAUCUUUUGGUUAAGGUCGUGGAAUUUGUUUUUCCGGCCGACUUCGAAAUCCAUGACAUAGAGGAAGACACCGAGAUCCCACUCAUACUAGGAAGGUCGUUCCUUUCCACCGCAUGGGCCAUGGUGGAUAUAAGUGAUGGAAAGCAAACAUUGAGGGUUGGCGAAAAGGAAGUGAAAUUUGAAGUGGGUCAAUGCGUGAUACAUCAAGGCAAUGGACUCGAGCUUAGACUACGCUCUCAGCCGGUGCAACUUGUGAUGCGAGUCAUCCCGCUCGAGUAA